AUGUGGAUGGAAACAAAAGCAGAGGUGGAAGAGGCCAGCAGGAGUCGUGCCAGCCUCAGCCGGCGUGUGUUGAGCAGCCUGCUGUUGUGUACUGGGGACAUGAUGCACUUGAAUGAGUACAUGCAGGACAAGUCAUUUGUGCUGCAGCUGGCAGUGUGGGGCCUGAGAGGGGUGACCAGAGUGAUUCUAGCCAACAACCCGCUGAGCGGCGCUCUCAUCCUGGCUGCAUUGUACUGGGCUUCCCCCUGGCAGGGUCUGCUGGGAACUCUGGGUAUACUGGUCUCUACACUAACAGCUGUUGUCAUGGGACAAGACAGCGCUGAGGUGUCAGGAGGUCUCCAUGGUUUUAACGGCAUGUUGGUGUCUCUGCUGAUGGGAGUGUUUAGCUCGGCUGGGGACUGGUACUGGUGGCUGCUGCUGCCUGUCUGCUUGGGGUCAGCUACGUGUGUCUUUCUGUUCAGUGGUCUCUCCUCAGUGUUGGACCGCUGGGACUUGCCGGUAGCUGUGUUUCCCUUCAACAUCAUCAUCAUCCUCUACCUCCUUUGUACCGGCCAAGACAAUCCCUAUUUUCCGCAAUACCCGGCUGUGCCACCAGGGGUGCUGGGGCCUAAUGACACCAAACUCGUUGCAGUGGAGGUGAUACGUGGCAUACCUCUUGGUGUGGGUCAGAUCUUUGCCUGUGGAGCCCUGGGGCCCUCCCUCCUCAUCCUGGGAGCCGUUCUGCUCUAUUCACCCCUGCUGGCCAUCCACGGUCUGCUGGGAUCAGCAGUUGGCACGUUGGCUGGUUUAUCCGUGGCGGUGUGUCAUGAUUCUCUGUACUCAGGUCUGUCAGGGUUUAAUGGAGCUCUGGGCUGCAUGGCUAUCGGAGGACUCUUCUUCACCUUCAGCUGGAGGACCCACCUCUUUGCCAUUGCCAGCGCCUUCCUCUCUGCAUAUGCUGACAUCGCUCUCAGGAAUCUGCUGGGAACUGUGGGUCUCCCAGCAUGCAGUUGGGCAGCUACUCUGAUAGCCACACUGAUGUUGCUGCUGACCGGCAGUUUAGCAGCAUACCGCAUCCCUAUUGGUCAAGUUAUGGCCCCUGAACACAACCUGCGCUCUCGCAGCCAAUGGGCAGCUGGGAACAAUGCCGAGCAAGAAAGCACUGAUGUGUAG